CCAUUCACAACCAGAAGCCUCUAAUAAUAUAAGAGAGAGCGAGAGAGAGCUGGGUGCCAAAGAAAUCUCCACAUUAUUGACCAUGUCAAGUCCUAGGAUUAUAAUGCUCACCCUGACCAUUGUCCUAGUAGUAACAGUUGCACCUAAAGCCGAGGCAGCUCGAGCUUUCUUUGUUUUUGGGGAUUCACUAGUAGAUAAUGGCAACAACAACUACUUAGCGACUACUGCACGUGCCAAUAUUCCACCAAAUGGUAUAGACUAUCCCACUCGCCAAGCAACUGGCCGAUUCUCCAAUGGCUUGAACCUUCCUGACAUUAUCAGUGAGCAAUUGGGGGCAGAGAGCACAUUGCCAUACUUGAAUCCUCAACUCACAGGACAAAAACUGCUUGUUGGUGCCAACUUUGCUUCUGCUGGCAUUGGAAUCCUUAACGACACCGGAUUUCAGUUUUUGAACAUUAUAAGAAUCUCCAGACAGUUUCAAUUGUUCCAACAGUACCAGCUAAGGCUGAGAGCGCAAGUCGGACGAGCCCAGGCUAAGCGGCUAGUGAACGAUGCACUUGUCCUCAUGACACUUGGUGGUAACGAUUUUGUUAACAACUAUUUCUUGACACCUUUCUCAGCAAGAUCACGCCAAUUCUCCAUCCCAGAUUACUGCCGUUACCUCAUCUCUGAGUAUCGAAAAAUUCUAAGGAGACUGUACAAGCUGGGAGCCCGUAGAGUACUGGUGACAGGAACUGGGCCACUAGGUUGUGUACCAGCAGAGCUAGCCAUGAGAAGCAGAAAUGGGGAAUGUGUACCAGCGUUACAACAGGCUGCAGGAAUUUUUAACCCGGAGCUCGGCCGAAUGAUUCAACAACUCAACAGUGAACUAGGCUCAAAUGUCUUUGUUUUUGCCAAUGCCUUCAAUAUGAACAAGAACAUGAUCACCAACCCCCAAGCAUAUGGUUUUGUUACAUCAAAAGUAGCAUGUUGUGGCCUAGGCCCCUACAAUGGACUUGGAACAUGCAAUCCACUGGCAAACCUAUGCCAAAACCGGAGCGCCUAUGUGUUUUGGGAUCCUUUCCACCCUACGGAGCGUGCAAACCGGAUCAUUGGUCAGCAGAUCAUGACUGGUUCCACACAGUACAUGCACCCAAUGAACCUGAGCACCAUUAUGGCCAUGGACUCUAAGAACUAAUAUCUAGUAUUUUUAUUAUAUAACUAAUAAUCCUCAAGAAAUUAUAUAUUUAGGUUCCAAUGUACUUAUUUUUCUGUGUCUCUACUCUCUACCCCUUGAAUGCAUGUUUGCUGGUGUGGAUUAUCAGUAGAGUCUAUAGGCAAUAAGGUACAAGGCUCAUAUCUCAAUUGUGCAACUUUUUAAAUAUAAAUAUUGAUGGGCUUUGAGAUGUAGUUCCUAGUAAAUCUGCAACUUGUGGCAGUGCACUUAUGCGGUACUAGUAUUGUAUCUGAUUUUCUUGUGUUGCCCAAUCACGUUAUAUUAAUUUGGUUGGUUGAAAUUUGAUUGCAUAAUGUUGAUGUAUUAUUAAUAGUUUGGUGAACCCUUAUUUUUCCUA